UCUAGUCUACAGAUAAUCUAAAUCUAUAUUCUAGCUAGAUCUAGUUAAUAGUUAUUCUAGUAGCUAGGCACUAGUCGAUAGCUCAAUGAGAAUGAGUCAAUAGCUGCGAAUAGCUGAUCUAAUUUUUAAUAAAUAAUGUCUUUGGGUGUUCAAAAUACUAUGAAAAACUAUGCUGGUUCCGGCUUACAAGCAGCUGCAUUUGAAAUGCUACUUAAUGCCAUUUUAAAUAACCAAGGCCAUGUGAUUCAGCAAUUGCUAAACAGCGAUCCACACCUUGUUCAUAUGAAAGGUUGGCAUGAUAUAAAUCCACUGCACAGAGCCUGUCUAACUGGAGAUUACAAUAUUGUUUUGAUGCUGAUUCAAGCUAAUGCAGAUGUCAAUUCUCUGACAGCACACAAAGAAACACCACUUCAUUAUGCUAGUCGGCGAGGUAUCCCCAGUAUAGUUCACUUGCUAAUUCAGUGUGGAGCCAAGAUUGAUGCUAGAGACUUAAGUGGGAAAAGUGUUUUACAUUUUGCUGCAGAAACAGGAUCUGCGCAAGUUAUAAAAUAUUUUGAAGAAACUCAUGGUCUAAAUGUGAGAGACUUAGAUGCUAAGCUACAAAGCCCACUUCAUAUUGCUUGUACAUGUGGACAUUUGGAUCUAUUUACUUUUCUUAUUAAACAUGAUAGAAGUGAUCUCAACCAGGCGGAUAUUGAUGGAAAUCUACCAAUUCAUAUUUCAUCUAAAAAUGGUUUUGGCCACAUGACAUGGUGUAUGUUGCGGUUAUUAGGAGUUAGUGUUUUGAAAAAAACCAACAACACUGGGUUAACACCAUUAGAUUUUGUUGCACAAGGUGAUAAGUAUGGACACAAAGAGUUAGCUCCCAUAUUGAAAUCUUAUGCAAAACAAAGUGAAUUUGAACCUGUAACUGGGCCGGUUAAACUUUGGUAUGGACUUUUAUUAUAUCCAUUUACACUGUACUUGGCAAUUGUGCUUCUGUCAGAGUGUAUGGAAUCUUACCAGUUUCUCGUCUACCUGGCAGUAUUAGUGAUGUUCAUUUUACAUGUCAAUGGAUUCUCUCAUCGCAUUAACCAUAUUUCUAGAUGGCCCAAUCCAUUUUAUACUGGCGUAUUUGCGGCAGGAAUAAUUCACACAACUAUAUGUUACUUUUACUUAAUUUUCCCAGUAAUUAACAGCAGCAGAAUCAUGAUGAUAGUGUCCUUCAUUGUUUGUCCUGCUUUAUUUUUCACUUUCUGGACCCUUGUAAGGAAAGAUCCAGGAGCUGUAACAUCUUCAGUAGAGGAGUUAGACAAACCCUUAACACUUGUAGAUCUAUGCUCAAUGCGCAACCCAAAAUACAACUAUUGUCCUAUAUGUGAUAUAAUUACAAGAAAUGUGAGCAAACACUGCAAGCUGUGUGACAAAUGCUAUCUCUACAUGGAUCAUCAUUGCCUUUUUCUGCUCAAAUGUAUAGCUGCCAACAAUCAUGCCCACUUUCUGUGGUUGCUGCUGAUAGCUGUGUUCAACAUGUGCUCCUACAUGAUAGCAUUUGGUCUAUACAUAUGGACACUGUAUCCACAUACACAUCUUAGUGUAACUGCAGUACAGUUGAUUCACCACCAUGCUUGGCCACUGUCCCUGUUUGUUUUAAAUCUUGUGUCGGCUGUGUGGGUAGGAAACAUCAUUGCCACUCAGUUUUUUCUAGUCACAAGAGGAUGUACAGCUUAUUUUACAGAUGUGAAAACAAAAUCGUACAAGCUGACAGCAUUUCAGGCUGUUGCAAAUUUUAUUGCAUUUUUGUUCAACAGACCAUUACCUUACAGAAACCCUUAUUCCAUCAUUCAGAACUUGUGACUUGUUGAGUAAGACAAAAAUGAAAAUAGAGGAAAGAAAUCUAUUAAUUCUGUAAAAUAUUGCCAGCUAUUUAUAGAAAUGAUUUUGAUAUUCAUUUUUGUGUGAAAAAAAGCUUUGCAUCUAACAACAGACCAUGAAGAUAUUGAUGCUGAGCCCAAUAGUUAGAUUUUUUAAAAUUUUAAUUUAUAAAUAAAAUUAUUUUUUAUAAAAAAUACAUAGCUAUUUUUUUAAGUGUAAUUAUUUAUAUUUGCAAAAAUGUGCUUCCUAAUAUGUACCUGAUCAUUUGUCAGUGAAUCUGUUUAAAAAUACAAUUUUAGUAAUUACUUCAGGAG